CGCCGGUUAAAAGCAAUGUUUACUUCCAGGCAUGGCGAGGUCGGCUUCCUAGAGAGGAAGGAAGUUGGAGACAAGGGGGGUGUCAAUAGUCGGUGCACCUUCCUGCCUCGGAGUUUACCACCCCUCUGCACUGCAAAAGGGGCUUUUGAGCUUCCUUACGGGGAAGCUGUAGGUUGGAGUCUGAUGUAAGCAGCGACUAAAAGAUGCAUGUAAAGGUCAGUCAGUGGGGAGAGAAGGGGCGUCUGGUUUUUCUUGGGAGAAUGGAAAGGUUGAGUAGCGAAUAGAUUUAUUUAUUUUUAUUUAUUUUAUUUUAUUUUUUACACUUUAUAUCCCGCUCUUCCUCCAAGGAGCCCAGAGCGGUGUACUACAUACUUAAGUUUCUCAUCACAACAACCCUGUGAAGUAGGUUAAGCACACUGCAGAGAUCAAAAGACAGAGAGAGAGGACCCACAGGUACUGCCUGCCCCCAUUGUCGCAGGAGGGGCUGCCUGGUCUGUGACGCUGUCCCAAGGAGAGAUCUUGCUGCCCAUCUUGGGACAAAAAGAAAGAAGAAAGGGGGAAUGGCUUGCCUGACAUUGGGGAAGAGCCACCAGUUUCAGUACAACCCUCUCUUUGGCCAGGGACCCGAUACGAUGAAGUAUCCCUGAGGGGAUCCCCGCCUCCCCUCUCCGCUGUGGAGCCUCCUGCUAAGCAAACUGCAGGCUCCAAGUUCAUACCCCAGGUCUUUUUGUCCACCUUUUCAGCAGAGAGCCGAGGAACUAAGCGAAGACAUCCCCUGUAGUGGCAAUGGCUGCAGAGGCAGGGGAAGAAUUCCUGCCCCAAAGUCUCCCCCUCCCGUCUGCCCUGGAGGAAGAGGCGAAUCCAGAAAUGAAAGCGGAGCAAGAGGAGGAAGAGAGCCACCAACAGAACACGGGCCCGGACAGAACACGCAAUGCCUCUCCUGCUGCUGAGCCGGAGGCUGUUAGGCAGCAUCGGAGCUGGGCAGAGCGUCACGGCAUCAAACAGGAACCAGAAGAAGGGCUGUCAUCACAGCGAUGGGAAGCGCAAUGGCAGGAGUUCCUCAAAACCGUGCAGACCCCUUGCUCUGGAGACGGAGUCCUGCAGCUGCCAGAAACUGUGCCAAGGGAUGAGGCAAAAGCUUCCCUGCCUCCCUCUGAGGCAGCAUCGGCUGCCAGCCAGUGGACUAGAGAAGAGAGCAGGAUCAGACUUCUGCCUGCAGUGGGGCAGCAAGGCAAUAGGAGGCCAGACCCCGCAGGCAGGAGUGACCAUGGGCCGACCAAAGAGAUCAAGGCGGAGGAUGCCAUCAGCUCGGAAAUGCAGCGCCGGUGCUUCAGGCAGCUCUGCUACCAGGAGGCGGAGGGGCCCCGUGAGGCUUACAGACAACUCCGGGAGCUUUGCCAUCGGUGGCUGAUGCCAGAGAGACACACCAAGGAGCAGAUCCUGGAGCUGGUGGUUCUGGAGCAGUUUCUGGCCAUCCUGCCCUCAGAAAUGCAGAGGUGGGUGAAGGAACGUGGUUCUGCGAGCAGCCUCCAUGCUGUGGCCUUAGCAGAGGAUUUCCUUCUGAGGCCCCGAGAGGCUGAGAAACCCGAGCGGCAGGUGAUGGCAGGCAGAGAGAGAAUGAUGGGGAACCAUACUGGGUGCCAUUGGCCAGAGCCAUGGGUCAGGAACUGGAAGCAAAUAUUGGAAACCGAGACUGGCCAGGAAAGCUUUUGGGGCAUGAAACAGAGAAGUGGAGGAAUAAAUUCAUCACUCGCCAGGAUGGGACCAUCUGUGAAAUUUCAGUUCAACCGGGGAUACUUAAAAGGAAGAGGAGGGGCAAGGGUGCCGCGCGUGAGAAAUUUUUCCGAGAUGAAUCGAACCUUGAUCGAGCCCAGGCAGGAGAGAAGCCACAUGAAUGUUCAGUUUGUGGGAAAAUAUUCCGUCGGCGCUCGGACCUUAAUAGCCACCAGAGAACCCACACGGGAGAAAAACCAUAUACAUGCUUGAACUGUGGGAAGAGAUUCAAUCGGAGCACCAACCUCAUUUCGCAUCAAAGAAUUCACACGGGGGAGAAACCAUAUAAAUGUGCAGAUUGUGGCAAAAACUUCUGUCACAAAUCUGGCCUCAUAAGACAU